CUCUCUCUCUCUCUCUCUGUCUUCUUUCUCCGUCUCUCUUUCUCGCUCUUUUUUCUCCUUCUCUCUAACGCUCUCCCUCAUUUCGGUAUCUCGCUUCCGCGCGGAGGAUCGAUCGAUAUUUCGUCCCGACAGCGGCUAUUAACGACACGCGUACUUUCAUUCGCUCCCUCUCUCACCCCGUUUUUCACGCUACGAUUGCUUCCAAACGUAAAAAAACGUUAGGUGCGCCGCGAUCCCCUCGCGACACGCUGCUGAUCGUUUCUUCCUAUCAAUGUCAAAUAAGCGCGUACUGAAAACCCGCGUCAUCCCUCAAACCCCGUCGACCGUCAAUAUCCUUCGACAGGCGGGAGGACUGUAGCACGUGACCCACGGAUUCCCUCGUAACGUCGCGUCAGCCGGCGCUCGAUUUUUAUCGGGUCACCUACGUGCCACCCACUCGGUUUCGCGAAUAGGUCCUAGCCUAUCCUAUGACGUAUCCUUCCUUGUACCUCGCACCUUUGCCAUCCUGCCGCAGCCCGUUCCGCGUACGCGGCCGCGUAUGCGUCCACAAACAGUCAAUAAGAAGUACCAUCGGGACACACACGUAUCAGAAAGGGACGAACUCGGAUAAGAGACCAUUCCUUACGUCAUAGAGGAGGAGUGUAAUAUAUUUAAGAAAAAAAAAAAUUGUUACCGAUUACUUUUCGCGGAGGGAAAAGCCCGAUCUCGGUAUUUUUUUUCGGACGCGAUAGUGCGGGCGCUGUUGAAUUACGAAAUAGAAUAGUGAAGAGAUAACUACUGUUGCUGCUAUUGUUGUUAUUGUUAUUAACGUUAUUGUUAUCCCCGUUAUUGCUAUACGUAACCGCCCGCUCGUCCGCUUGUCCGCUGAAAUCGACGAACAGCGCGGCGGUGGUAGAGUGAUAUAGUGGUAUCGGUAUAAGGAGUUCGCGAAGCUCGCGCGAAGGUACACGUGUUUCUGCCAAAUCAUAUCGAUAAUUGACAGGGAAGGAGAUUCGGGUGUGUUCGUGUGUUGUGUGCAUAUGUGCGUACGUGUGUGUGCACGAGAAAAAGGAAAUUAUCGGACGCAGGCAGGAAGUGGAGAGGAGAAGUGGUACCGCGCGGAAGUCGCGCCGGUGCGAGCUUGGCAAACAAACAAACACGAAGAGUGUAUUAAAGAUCUCAAUUAAGUUACACCAUCUCGCCGGGAGGAGCGGUCGAUUCCUUUGUGUACACCCAUCGAGGACCCCACGGGAGAAUGGUAGCCGAGACCGGAAGAAAUGGGCACGAGCUGGCUCCCUUGAACAACCACCGCCAACCCGUCCAUCACAAUGUGACGAUCGUGGCGACGGGAAGUCAAAAUGUUGGCCAGGAUACGAAGGAGGACAACAGGGCGGCAUGGAGCGGGAAGAUGCAAUUCUUUCUCAGUAUUAUCGGAUACAGCGUCGGCCUGGGCAAUAUCUGGAGGUUUCCUUAUCUGUGCCAACAGAACGGAGGUGGUGCCUUCCUCAUUCCUUUUUUCGUGAUGCUCAUCCUGGAGGGUGUACCCCUCUUCCUGAUCGAGCUGGGUCUCGGACAACGUAUGCGGCAGGGUGCCCUGGGCGUUUGGAACACAAUACACCCUUGGCUAGGCGGCAUAGGGAUCGCGUCGUGUAUAGUGACGUUUUUCGUUGCGCUUUACUACAACGUAAUUAUUACCUGGUGCGUCUACUACCUCUUCAACUCGCUCGAGGCUGUCACGAUCAAAUUUGGCGAAUCACUGCCGUGGGCAAGAUGCCCGGAAUUGGACGGGAAACCGGUGGAGGAAUGUGUCAGGAGUUCGGAGACCGCGUAUUUUUGGUACAGGACGACUUUGGACGCGGCACCGUCCAUCGAUGACGGCCAAGGUCUCAAAUGGUGGAUCGUACUCUGCCUCUUGCUCAGCUGGAUCGUUGUGUUUUUCAUCGUCAUGAAGGGAAUACAGUCGUCCGGCAAAGUGGUAUACUUCACGUCCAUGUUCCCAUAUCUCGUGCUGACCAUCUUUUUCAUCCGCGGAAUAACGUUGAAGGGUGCGAGCGCCGGGCUGGCGCACAUGUACACGCCAAAGGUCGAGAAAUUGUUGGAACCCAUGGUCUGGCUUGACGCGGCGACCCAGGUCUUCUAUAGCUUCGGGUUGGCGUUCGGCUCCCUGAUCGCGUUCGGCAGCUACAAUACGCCCAACAACAACUGCGUGAGGGACGUGAUCCUGGUGAGCGUGUGCAACGCGUUUACUGCCAUUUACGCGAGCGUUGUCAUUUUCGCCAUUUUGGGGUUCAAGGCAAUGUCAAACGUGGACAAGUGCGUCGUCAGCGCGAGUGACAUCCUGAUACAGCAUGGGUUGUUGGCUAAUUCGACCCCGUUCAAGGAUCUCGAGGACUACGAACACUUUAUAAGUUCCUCCGCCUACAACUCCUCCGCUCUCGCCAUAAAAGAGUGUAGUCUCAGCAAGGAAUUGGACAACGCCGCCGAGGGCACCGGACUGGCUUUCAUCAUAUUCACGCAGGCGAUCGUCGAAUUGCCGGGCGCGCCGUUUUGGUCUUGCAUCUUCUUCAUGAUGCUCCUCGCCCUCGGUCUGGGCUCGCAAAUCGGACUACUCGAGGGUAUGCUCUGCGUAAUCUUCGACAUUGAUCUCUUCAAGAGAAUAAAGAAGCAAUACAUGACAGGAGUUGUCUGCGUCAUAUGCUUUUUCAUGGGGCUCAUCUUCUGUACCGGCGCUGGGGAAUACUGGCUGAAGAUGUUUGACAGCUUCGCCGGCACUAUCGGGCUCGUUAUAGUCGCCCUGAUGGAAAUGCUCUCCGUGAUCUGCGUGUACGGCCACGAAAAAUUUACGAAGGACAUCGAAGAGAUGACCGGAUAUAAACCUGGACCUUACUGGCAAAUCACGUGGCGAUUUCUCGCUCCUGUAAUAAUGGUCGGCAUCCUUCUGUGUAGCGUCAUUUCCAUGUUCAUCAAGAAACCGCAAUACUCGGCAUGGAAUGCGACAACGGGUGAGACAGUGCCCACGAGUUAUCCUGGCUGGGUGCUGGGCAUCGCCGUCGUCAUCAUUCUCGCGGGUAUCGCUCCGAUUCCGAUCGUUUUCCUUUUACGUCGGUUCCAAUUGGUGAAACUCGACGUGGACAUACAUCAAGGCAGUAUUCGACGUAUCGAUACCACUGUUUCUACCAAGGAGAUGAUGGGCGACGUUGAUCUCGACGAAUAUCACGAUCGACUCGAAGACUUCCCGGAAGAAGACGAGGACAUUAAUAGCGAUGAUGAUACGAAUGCCGCACCGUCUAUGAAUAAAAUGGCUAACAAAGCGAUGAAGGGUAGGGCUUUUAAAAUGGAAGUGAUGAACUUUUAAAAACAGCAUAAUCAGCGAGACCUCUUUCGGUUGUUCACGAGCAGUAAACGGUGAUGUCAGAUUAUACAUAUAUAACGACCUAAAUUGGUUUAAUUACGAUCAGAAUUUGUGGUGUAAAUUUAUUCUCUGUAUUAUUACAUAAGGUAUAUCCAUGCAUAAACAAAAUAUUUAUUUUGUUUUAGAGUUAUUAAUUAACAGAAAAUUAGAUCUUAAGAAAGAAUAUACCCAGAUAGCCAAACUUGCCAAGAGCACGUAUUAUAAAUGUGUUGCAUAUUAUGUUAGUAGAAUUAUAGCCAAGCAUAAUUUGCUGUUUUCAUUGUUUAAUAAAAAUGUAUUGGAAAACAA